AUGCGGAGCACUGCACUCCUCCUCCUUCUAGUCGUAGCCAUUUCCCUAUGCAUAUGCCUAGCAGGAGCCAGGGAUAUACCCAGGGGCCAUCAUGAGAGGCCCGAGGUUGACCACCACAAUGAGACACAUUUAGACCAUCCUCACAAGAAGGAUGAUAUCGAUCACCACAAUCUGCAUGAUCCACAUCAUGAAGAUCAUGAAGAGCAUGACCACAAGCAUCACAAGGAGCUUGGCGAUGACAAACACAAGAAGAAUCACAAGGAGCACUGUGAUGACAAGCACAAGAAGGAUCAUAAAGAGCAUGACCAUGACAAACACAAGAAGGAUCAUGAGGAGCAUGAUCAUGGCAAACACAAAAAAGGUCACAAAGAGCAUGACCAUGACAAACACAGGAAGGAUCAAAAGGAACAUGAUGACCAAAAACACAAGGAUCGCGAGGAGCAUGACGAUCGGAAACACAAGAAUAAUCGAAAAUUGUAUGACAAUGACAAACACAAGAAGGAUCAUAAGGAGCAUGACGAUGACAAGCACAAGAAGGAUAAUAAGAAGCACGAGGAUGACAGACACAACAAAGAUCACAAGGAACAUGAUGACGACAAAUAUCGGAAGGAUCACAAAGAGCAUGGUGAUGAUGAGCACAAGAAGGAUCAUAAGAAGCAUGAUGAUGACAAACACAAGAAGGAUCAUAAGGAACAUGACGAUCAUGACAAGCAUCGCAAGCAUCCUAAGGAUCAUGGCCAUGACAAAAAACAUCAUGAAGGCCAUGACAAUAAACAUCAUAAGGUAUAUGACGGCCAUCGCCAUAAGUCCUGCAAAGAUCAUAAGCAUGAUAACCACGGCGGGAAACAACAUGAAGACAAUGGCCACCAUAGGAAACACGAGUGA